AUGUUCGCAGAAUUAUUAGAAGACCUUAAGAAGACUGGACUCCAAGCUGCUCCUGCUGACCACUGCUAUGCUGGACUUGAAGAUGUGGCCUGUGAUUUCUGCUCUGGGAGAAAACUGAGAGCCAGCAAGUCCUGUUUGGUCUGUGUGGCCUCUUACUGUGAGGAACACCUUCAGCCUCAUUAUGAGUCACCUCCAUUUAAGAAACACAAGCUGGUGGAGCCCUCCAAGAAGCUCCAGGAGAACAUCUGCUCUGUCCACGAUGAGGUGAAGAAGCUGUUCUGCCGCACUGAUCAGAAGUCCAUCUGUCUUGUCUGUGCGAUGGAUGAGCAUAAAGGCCACCACACAGUGUUAGCGGCAGCAGAAAGGACUGAGAGGCAGAGAGAGCUGGAGGGGAAGCGGCAACAAAUCCAGCAGAGAAUCCAGGACACACAGAAAGAUGUGGAUCUGCUCCAGCAGGAGGUGGAGGCCAUCGAUCAGUCUGCUGACAAAACAGUGGAGGACAGUGAGAAGAUGUUCACUGAGCUGAUCCAUCUCAUCCAGAACAGACGCUCUGAUGUGGAGCAGCAGGUCAGAUCUCAGCAGCAAACUGCAGUGAGGGGAGUCAAAGAGCUUCAGCAGGAGCUGCAGCAGGAGAUCACUGAGCUGCAGAGGAAAGACGCUGAGCUGCAGCAGCUCUCACACACAGAGGACCACAUCCAGUUUCUGACCAGCUGCCCCUCACUGCCAGCACUCGGGGAGUCCACACACUCCUCCAGCAUCAGGGAGCGUCCUCUGAGCUGCUUUGAGGAUGUGACAGCAGCUCUGUCAGAGCUCACAGACAAACUGCAGCACAUCCUGACACAGGACUGGACUAAA